AAAAAAUUUCAUCGCUCAUUAUCGUUGAUAUAUAAAAAAAUACAAUUAGAAAAGAAUAUAAUGAUGAUAAAACUACUAACUAUAAUAUUCUUCACUUUUCUCACUUAUGGCCUUAUUGUUACUAUUGUCGAAUCUUGUCUGAUGGGUAUUAAUUUCGGAGAUCUUGUUCCAAAUGAAGCCAAUGUCGAAGUAGGAGAAGAGCUAUCAUUUAAUUGCACAUUGAAAAAAGAAUUUGUCGAUAAUGGCGAAAUCGAUAUUUCACGUGUAUUUUUUGCUCGAAAUGAAAUUAUAAUCGAUCAACGAUUUGUAACAAUAAUCGAUCCAUAUACUGUACGAUUAUCAAUCAAAAAUACUAGCCCUGAUGAUUUUGGUAAUUAUUCCUGCAAAUUUAAUGAUACCAAUGGAGAGACUCUACCUAUCUGCUAUAGUGAUGGUAAUGUUGCAUAUAAACCAUUAAAUGUUAGUGAUUUUGAAUGCAUCUUUCAUUAUCGUCAAAAACUUUCAUGCUCAUGGACAUUGCCUAACAAUAGGAUUGAAACGAAAUAUACAUUGCAUAACUAUCAUGAAGGCCUAGAAAUUGAAAAAAGAGAUUGUGGAAAUGUUUAUAUUGAAAAUAAUAAACAACAUUGUUUCUGGAAUACAUCGCAUGAUUUAUCAUUGCACAAUAAUCAUUAUUUUUUGGAACUUUUAGGUUCUAAUAAAAUUGGCACCAAUAAUCAGACAUUUAUAUUUGAUCAGACAUCAAUUACACAAUUGCCGCCACCACGUAUGAAACCUAAAUAUGAACAAUUUGUUGAUGGUCAUUUGCAAUGGAUUGCGCCGGAAAAUCUAUUAUUGGAUGAGACAUUGAAGAAUCGAAUACUUUAUAGAAUUUCAGUUUUCGAUAUGAAUAAUAAAACGAUACGUAUGAUUGAUUUCAAUCCGAAUGAUUAUAAUAAAAAAAUUAGCCGACUAUCAAACACUGUAUCAUUGGAUAUGAAAGAUCUGAGACCGUUUACUCAAUAUCGUUUCAACAUUAGCUGUAAGGUAGACGAUCCAAACAAUCAAUAUUGGAGUGAUAUGAUUUCUUUUGAUGUUUUAUCCGAGCCAAAAAUUCCUGAAACAUCGCCCAUGAUUAUCAAUCAAUCAUUUGAAACAUUGUCGGUAAAUUUGUCGGAAAAUGAACGAAAAGUAGUGAUCUAUUGGAAACCGUUAGCCAAUGAAGAACAGAAUGGACCGGAUUUUGAGUAUUUUAUCUCUUAUUCAGCUGUAGAUGAGCCAGAUUAUUGGAUAAAUCAAACGACACUUUAUCCAAAUCUGACACUAACAUUAAGCAGUAAUGUUAGUUAUUUAUUCAAUAUUUUUUCUAAAAAUUCUGUUGGAUUGUCGGAUAAUUAUUCGCUGUUUGUAUUGCCAGCUACACGUGAAAUUCUUUGGAAUAAUGCAAGCAAUAUUCUGAAUAGCAUGAUCAAUGUAUUUUUAUUUCCCAAUGGAAGUUAUAAGCUGAAUUGGACAUCAAUCGAUGAUUCACUUAUUAAAGAUUAUACUCUCUUUUGGUGUUUAGCUACGAAUGGUCAAUGUUUGAAUCAAGUGCAAUGGAAAUCAAUGUCUGAAAAACAAAGCCUUCUACACUUACCAGAUUAUGAAUACAAAUUUGGUAUUGCAUUUAACAGUCAUAAUCAACAAACGACUGGUAUUAUAUGGGCCAAAUGUUUAGUAAACAUGAAAACAAAGAAAAUUGAUGGUGUUAUAAUUACGAAUGUAAUGGCUGAAAAUGUAACAUCUGACAGUGCUAUCAUUAAAUGGAAAUUAACUUGUGGAGUUCACCGAACAUUGAUUGAUCGAUUUGAGAUACGAUAUUGGAAAAACACAAAAUCAAACGAAUAUAUAUCUAAAGUUGUUCACAAAGAUAAAAAUCAAUAUUCAUUGACCGAUUUAAAAGACGAUACCGAAUAUAAAUUAAUUAUUCUGGUGGUAUUAAUAGGCUCACCAUAUCCUUAUCAACAAAAUAAUCCGAUAGAUCUCCAUACGCUUGUUGGUUUGCCGUCACAUGAUGGAUUUUCGAAUCAAACAAAAUCAUCAAAUUCGGGACUAACGUCUCCGAAUCGUUUUUUGUUAUUCAUAAUUAGCUUCAUUUCUUUCAUAAUUCUUCUAUGUUUUGUUCUUUUCUGUACAUAUCGUACGUUUAAAUCGGUCAAACAAAAGAAUGAUGAAUUUACUAUAAAUUUCAGUAUGGAAGAUCAAUCGUUCAAAGAUCAAUUUCAGGCCAAAUUUGGGUCAAAUCAGAAUUCCAAUCGUAACAACAUGUUACCUGAACAAUCAACGCAAAAAUCACCAUAUCGUGAAACAAAUAUCGAUAAUGUUAGUAAUAAUAAUGUAUCCGAAUCUAGUCUAAUGGAAAGUGAUUUAACAAUGGCUAAUACAGCUACAAAUGCAAACAGUUCAAAUACUAUUAAUGAUCAGGCACUAUUAUCAUCGUCUGGCGAAGCCGAACAAAAUAUUUUGUUAAUAAAUCAUAGUAAUAAUCAGAUCAAUAAUGAUCAACAACAAAAUGACAAUAGUAGAAAUAAUUCAAAAAAUUUGACCAAAAAUUCUUAUAUAAAGUUAUCAUCGAAUCAAUUCUGUUCUUCUGAUUCAGGUGUUUCGGAUAUGAAUCAUCAUGAUAAUCUGGAAUAUUUUUAUAAUCAAGAUGAAUCAUUACGUGAACCAUUCUUACCGAAUGGGAAAAAAUCCACACAAAUCAUUAGUAAUGGUCAUGCACCUAUGAACAAUGGGGGUGUUAGUAAAGGUAUUGGUAGUUUUUGGUCAAGAUUUUCCUCAUCAACUGCAGCAGCAGCAGCCGCCGCCACUUCAUUAACAACGCCGGCUACUGCAACUUCAGCAUCCAACUCUACACAUUCGGCUCCAAGCUCAAGUUUACCGUCGCCGGAACAUAAUCAUGUUGUUUGUUCAUCACGAACACCCAUGUUUUCAUCACAGAAUCAGCAAUCAUCGCCAAUGACAACCACAAAUAUUAACAAUAAUAAUGGCAGUGUAGCAAAAACUGCAUAUGUUAUGAUACCAAGCUCAAAUUCACCAAAAUGCUUACCACCAUCUCAUACAACUCAAUUACCCCAAUCAUAUAAUUUGAAUCAAGUUUGAAUCAAAUUGGUCAUUCUUACUAAACACAUACCUUCAUCUUAUUCGGUGGAUUGUGGUCAUCAUUUAAACGGGUCAUUUCAUCCAAAUUACCCCCAUCAAUUUAACUGUGAUGUAUUGAGAAAUUUUUUCGCAUCGAAUUUA